AAAAGUCUUUUCUUCGUCUUCUGUAGUCCGCGCUUGGUCAUCGCUUCGGACAGUCGUGUGUAUAUAAUUAUAUACUAUUUAAUUAUAGUUUAAUUCAGUAUCGAUUCUAUAUAAAUACUCUUUGGAGUAUAUCACGGAUCUCUGUGGUGAACCGGCCGUUUUUUUUGGUGAUUUCUGAAAGUUAUUUUUGCGAACAAUGAACCACACGCUGGCCGACUCCCCGCUGCUGGAGACCACUCUAACCAGAGACAAGAUGGAGCGCUGGGUCAAGGCUCAGGUCAAGGGCGAGAGGGCUGGCCUGGACGUCUACGGCAGUGCCAGUGAGAAACAGAUGAAGGAGCUGGAGAAUAUCAGGAACUUGAGCAAGGAGCUGCAGGAGAAUUUGCAUGAGCUAGAAACCUCAGUCCGCAUAGCCGACGUCGAAAACCAGGCUCUAAACCCGACAGCACCAAUCCCCGAUUAUUCCGAGGACCACGAGUUCGUUUCUGCCAACCAACUGGACAAUUAUUAUGCCGAGGAAGACAUCCAAGACGCGAAGGAGGAAGAGAGACAACGUCUUACGAAGGGUAAAGCUGGAAGGACUGAUAUUCAGGCGUUUUAUAAGGACCAGUGUGUGCUUUUGACGGGCGGGACGGGGUUUUUGGGCAAAGUAUUGAUUGAGAAGCUAUUGAGGUCUUGCGGCGAUAUUGACACAAUAUUUGUGCUUGUCCGGAGCAAGAAAGGAAAAGAUCCCAGAGCCAGAAUACAUGAGAUGUUAGAUGACUUUCUGUUCCAAAGAGCUCACGAAGAGAACCCCAAGGGCAUCUAUAAGGUGGUCCCGGUGGUGGGCGACAUGGAGCUGCCGGGGCUCGGCCUCAGCGAGGAAGAUAGGAAGAACCUCACUAGCAAGGUGACAGUGAUAAUAAACGCAGCUGCCACCGUCAAGUUCGACGAGAAGCUGCCAGUAGCCACCGCCAUCAACGUCCGGGGCACCAAGGAGGUCAUCAAGCUAGCCCGGGAGUGCCGCAACCUGCGCGCCAUCACCCACGUGUCCACGGCAUUUGCCAAUACGCAUGUCAAGUUUAUUGAGGAGAAAUUCUACGACCCACCAAUGAGCGUCGAGGCCUUGGAGGCCGUCGCGGAAUUAGACGACACAGUCCUUGAAGGCAUCACCUCAAAGCUGCUGGGCAAGUACCCCAACACGUACUGCUUCACGAAGGCCGUGGCGGAGUCCGCCGUGCGCAAGUACGGGGAGGGCAUGCCCAUCUGCAUCGUGCGACCGGCUAUAGUGGUGUCUACAUACGAGGAGCCGGUGCGGGGGUGGACGGACAGCCUCUACGGACCCACAGGUCUGAUGAUCGGGAUCGGCACUGGGGUCCUCCGCACCAUGUACAUGGACACGAGCAAGGUGGCGGACCUGGUGCCCGUGGACCUCACCGUCAACGCCAUCCUCGCCUCCGCCUGGCACACCGCCAAGCACUUUAAGGAGAACCAAACAUCCCACAUCCCGAUCUACAACUUCGUGUCCGGGGCACAGAACCCGGUCACGUGGGGCGAGUUCAUAGAGGUCAACAGGAAGCACGGCAUCGACAAGCCCACUACUAAGGCUGUUUGGUAUUACGGUCUGAACCCUACGAGCAACUACUACAUGUUUCUGUUCUACAACUUCUUCCUGCACUACCUGCCGGCGCUGAUCAUUGAUGGCUACUGUCGUAUUGUGGGGCGGAGACGCGCAAUGCUGAAGUUCUACCACAAAGUGAUGAAGCUAGCGAACAUUCUCUUCUACUUCUCCACACAAGACUGGCGCUUCUCCGACCAAUCCGUCCGCAACAUGUGGGACACCCUCUCCGAACAAGACAAAGCUGUAUUCCCCUUCAGCAUCGCAGACAUGAACUGGGAGUACUUGGCCGAAACGUUCUUAGUCGGCCUUCGAGUUUACCUCGUAAAAGAUGACCUUUCAACGCUGCCCGAGGCUAGAAAGAAGUGGAACAGGUUGUACUACAUGCAUUUGACACUUAAGUUGGUAACUCUGGGGUUGGUCCUCAACAUCGCAUACUACGUUCUACGGUUCAUGUCUAGAAUUGUCUUUGGUUAAUUUAUAUUGAGUGAAAUUUGUAGCUUAUAAUUUUUGUAAAUAUGCCUUUUGUAAGUUAAGUACAAUUUUAGCAAGCUGGACUUUCUGUAUUUUAUAAUUAUUAUGUAAGUGUACUUAGUAAACGUAUUAUAU